UCAGAGCUCACAGAGAGAGAAGUCACUGAGAGAGAACAGCCAGGACACAAACUGACACAAUAGCUGCAAUGGAUAUAGAUGACAUGAAAGAUUAUAUUAUGAAUUUCACCCUUAAUGACUGUAAACCUCAUGGCAACCAGGGCUAUAAGCGAGUGCUCCUGCAGCUGUUUGGUUAUUUAGGUCAUGGCAAGUCGUCCUUUAUCAAUACCUGUAAGUACGUCCUGGAGGAAGGAGCAUAUAAAAUGUAUUCUGAUGUUGGUAGUUCACAUGGAGGGAAGACUACAAAGAGAAUAUCGUACCCACUCACUGGCAACAUCACUUUGGUUGAUAACCGCGGGUGCGCAACAAUGAGCGAUCAAGAGACGGGGGAGAUCUACGCUCAGCUCGGUAAUCUUCUGCCCCUGAACAUGGAGGUGGCAUGGCAAAAGGGGUAUCAGUAUAUAAUGACACGAAUCAUGGAUCAUGAAGUAGUUGACGAUCAGUCAGAUUUUGUUGUUCCGAUUUUUAUAUACAGUGUUAAGAAGGGGAUUUCACAAGAAGAAGUUCCUGAAGUAAAGACUUUGCUUGAUAAUGCUAAGAAAAUGACAGGACUGGUUCCCAUUGUGGUUCUCACAUUUAAAUCACAAGGAAAACUGACUGAAGUUGAGGCAACAUUUAGAAACAUGGGAAUCGAUAACAUAUUCAAACUGGAGAACUUCACCCAGACCGACUGCCUGAAAAUCCGAUCCAGACACGAGGAAGUUCUAAAAUUCCUCUGUGAGGUUCUAAAGGACGUGAAAUAUCGUAUGCGAGAUAAGAGGAAUCCUGUAGAGGAGAGAGCUGAGCGCAAGAAAUUUGUUCUGACGUUUACUCAUAAAACCGAUGUGAAAGCAGUAAGAAAGUGAGAUAGUCAUUCAAGUAACUGAGAUGGUCGCACAUCUUAAGUGAGGAACGGACAUGAACUAAUUAUUUCAGUUGAGACAGUAACAUAAAGGUUUCUCUUGCAGUAUCCAGUAAAGAUCUUGUACUAAUGAAAGUGUUAAUUGUACCUGGUGUUUUAAGAGUUAAUGUUUUAUUUUCUAUAUUUUAUGAGCUACUUAAUAAACAAAUAAAACCAGA